GACUUCCAGGAGCCCCCGGACUUCCAGGCCCUGCGGCUGCUCUGCAGCCACCUGCGCAGUCGCCUCUGCUUCAGACGCUUGGCUCAGAAGGCCGACGUCCUGCUCAAGCGGCUGCAGCAACAAGAUUGCAAACAGUCCGAGUGCCAAAACGAGUCUUUGGAAGAGGAAGAAGACAUUUCUGCCAAACGCGACUUCAUGGACUUCUCUGUGAGAGCAGUGGCAGAACAGCUGAGCAGGCUGGACGCCGAGCUGUUCGUCCGGGUCGUUCCCUUCCACUGUCUGGGCUGCAUCUGGUCCCAGCGCGACAAGAAGGAAAACCGAAAGCUGGCGCCGACGGUCCGCGCCACCAUCUCCCAGUUCAACGCCGUCACCAACCGAGUGAUCACCUCGCUCCUCUGCCCGUCCUCCCCCAGCCCCUCCACCUCCUCCCCCGUCUCAUCACCCCGCGCUGCUUCCACCUUCCUGUACCCGACCUCCGCGCCAGGCUCACCUCACUGUCCGCACAGCAGCCCCGCCCACCGAGCACGCAUCAUCGAACGGUGGAUCACCAUCGCACAGGAAUGCAGACAGCUGAAGAACUUCUCUUCUGUGAGGGCCAUCCUGUCCGCUCUGCAGUCCAACGCCAUCUAUCGCCUCAAAAAGACCUGGGCCGCCGUGAGCCGAGAAAGCAUGAGCGUCUUUGAGCAUCUGUGUGAGACCUUCCCCGAUGAGAACUGUGUGCUGACCAGCAGAGAGAUGCUGGAGGAUGGGAGUCACCCCGACAGCUGCGCCGCAGCCGGCAUCAAACCCCCGGAGUCCAGACACACGAGCUUCAGUGGGGGCGUGGUUCCAUACCUGGGCACCCACCUGACUGUCCUCACCAUGCUGGACACGGCGCUGCCCGACGUUCUGGAGGGCGGCCUGAUCAACUUUGAGAAACGGCGGCGGGAGUUUGAGAUUCUGUCCCAGAUCCGGCAGCUUCAGGCGUUCUGCUCUCAGUACAACCUUCCAGUGAAGCGCCAGAUCAGCGUGUGGCUGCAGGCGCCGUCGCUGCUCACCGACCAGGAGAGCUAUGAGCUGUCCCGUGAGCUGGAGCCCCCAGUGGACCCCUGCCCUUCCUCUCCCAGCUCAUGGAGCAGUCGCCUCCUCGCCAAGAAGCUCGCCGUGCUGCGGACGUCCAGCGAGAGCUCGCUCCGGAAGGCUCACGCCGAUCAGAUCAGCGUGUCAUCAUCCGGCUCCAGCAGCUCAGACAUGGAGGACCUUCCCGCUCCUCAUCCCUCCCCCCUCAGACUCAAAUUCAAGUCGCUCUCUGGCUCGCUCCACAACGUCACAGAGGACUUCUCCUCCGUGUCCUCGUCCAGCCUCUCCGGCUCGUCCUGCAGCUCCUCGCAGCCGGACCUCAGCUCCUCCUCCCUGCUGCUCAGCCCGGAGUCUGCACGCCCCCCCCGCAGCUGUCCUCGGCCCGUCUACAACAAGCAGAUCUCAGAUCUGUGCAUCAUCCGGGUCACUGUGGAGAGCGUCAGCAACGGAAACGUCUACAAGAGCAUCCUGCUGUCCAGCCAGGACCACACGCCGCAGGUGAUCCAGAGGGCUCUGGAAAAACACAACAUGGAGGACUUCAGGAGCGGCGACUUCAGCCUCUACCAGAAGCUUAACCACGGCAAAGAGCUCCACAUACCCGACAAGGCCAACGUCUUUUACGCCAUGUGCACCUCUGCCAACUACGACUUUGUGCUGCGUCCGCGCUGGAGGAGCCACAGGAACCACAGGAGGCAUUUCGGGUCAUCUUGCAGUCCUGUGGCUCAGGCCCGGAGCCGCCUCAUCAAAUGAAAGACAGAACGUCUUCUGGAAUCAUCAGCAUCUACAGACUCCACAGACGGAGACUUGCAGGGAGCCGUCAGUGCUGAGGUGCACGUGAGGAGCAGCUCCCCAAGUGGAAACCCAGGAAAUUUGGGGCUGCACAAGCUUCAGUUUCUAGGAAGCUGAAUGAAGCUGGGAGGGGGUGGGGCAGCGGCGGUGGCGUGCUGGCAGACGCCGAUCUCAUGAAAUCUGCCCAAUGCAAAAAUGUUGUCUCAAGGUGCAAAAUAAGUGUUUACUUUUGAUGAAGGUUAAAGAAUUUAAUAUAUCAUUUUUAUAGUGUUUUAAAUUAUUUAUUGCAUUUCAGUAUUGAAUUGUGUUGUUUGGAGCCUGGUCUUUAUUUAGUUUACCGUCAGAAAACUCUUCAGCAAACAGACGCUCCACAUGGAGACAUGCAGAGCAGUUUCUGUGGUUCUGCUGUUCCAUCUUCCAGCGGUCCACAGAACCUCCCCAGAAUCCAAAGGGUGUUGGACCAUGAGCUGAGCAGCCGUUUGACUCGAAGCUCUGUUCCUGUUCUCACACGUGUUUACACAGGACUUUAGAGUUCUGGUCUUUCCCGUUUCCUGUCACAGGAAAACCAAGCACUUUGUCCUUUAAUUCUGUUUCCCUUUUGUGUCGGUCCACUCUUCCAAACGAUGUUGGAAAUCACUUUAAUCCUAAACAUGCAGGCCUGGAAGAAACUAUUAUUUAUUGGUUCAUGUAAGUUCAGUUUGUAUCCGUUUAAAUGAAGAGAGUAGAUUGUAGUCUUAGUAGUCUGAGUUUCUGCACUAAUUUCAGAGCGGGUUAGAUGGCGAGGACCGCCUGCUUUCAUGAUGACGGGGACGCCGCCAGCAUCCCCGUGAAGGAGACUGAAUGUGCUAGCUGUACGUGAAACGAGGCGUCUCAGCAUGUGAAGAUGUGAGAUCCUCCUCAAAACUACCAGAAACCGUUUCCUGUUUGUGUCAAACUUCUCAGAAAGUGGGGUUUUCUCUCAGAGGUCCGGAGGAUCUCGCCCAUGAGGGGGAUUUAGGAAAGGUCACAGAAACGGUUUGUGGUGACGCUCCCAUCGCUGAAGGAUAUCCUGUCAUUUCUAUUCCUCUGAUGUUUCAUUUCUGUAGAUUUUUUAAACAAAAGCACUUACUACUUUAUCUAUUUAAUAUAAGCUAAUCUUCUUUGUACAUUUACAUAUUAUAUACUUGUAUUCCUCGUGACUAACUUAAAAGCAGAAGAUCUAAAGCAAUAUUAUAUUCAUAUACAAGUUUAUUUGUUCAGUGUGUUUAUAAGAAAGUUGUUGAUGAUGAGGUUUGUGUUUGAAAAUGUCCAAAUGUGAUAGUUCUGUCUUUCUAUUUCAUAUAUAUUAAAUUCUUCAAAUAAAGUUUCAAUGGUCUAACUUUAA